AUGACCUCCUCUGUUAACAUUACUUCAUUGAAAUCUUGGAAUAAAGAGUUCCAAACCGAUUUAUCCUACAGUCUAGCCUCCACAGUUCUUAAGAAUUACAAUGCAGACGAUCUUUUGCUAGAUAAAUCUCGUUUACUCUCUCAGGAUAAGCGUGUCUUCAAUGUUAGUUUACCUGGUGAAACUGUCACCCCUGUAACUAAUCAAAAGGCCUCAGGUAGAUGUUGGUUAUUUGCUGCUACCAAUCAGUUGCGUCCCAAUGUGGUUAAGAAACUAAACCUGAAGGAUUUCGAAUUAUCUCAAGCUUAUUUGUUUUUUUACGAUAAGUUGGAAAAGGCUAAUUAUUUCUUAGAUCAAAUUGUUAGUACUAAAGAUGAAGCUGUUGAAUCUCGUUUGGUUCAAUAUUUGUUGACUUCCCCAACUGAAGACGGUGGUCAAUAUAGUAUGUUCCUUAACAUUGUGAAGAAGUACGGUCUGCUACCUAAGGAUCUUUACAACGAUACUACUUACUCUACUACUGCAUCUCGUAAACUUAAUGCAUUGUUAACUACUAAGUUAAGAGAAUUUGCUCAACAAUUGAGAGAUGCAUUGGCUUCAUCUUCCGACGAUCAUAGCAUCGUUAACUCAAUGAGAUCAGAUAUGCAAAAGGAAAUCUUUAAGAUGAUGUCCAUGUUUAUGGGAUUUCCACCAGUGACACCAACUGAAACCUUUAAAUGGGAAUAUCAAGAUAAGGAUAAGAAUGUCCAUGUACUAGAAUCCACUCCCUUGCAAUUUGCAGAAGAGUACUGUGGUUUGAAACUAUCUGAAAACAAAUUACCUGUUUCUUUGAUUAAUGAUCCAAGACAUGAAUAUGGUAGAUUGAUUAAGAUCGAUAGAUUAGGUAAUGUUAUUGGUGGCGAUGAUGUAUUAUAUUUGAAUGUUGAUAACGAUACUUUAUCCAAAUUGGUGGUCAGUAGAUUACAAGCAGGUAAAGCAGUCUUCUUUGGUUCCCAUACCCCUAAAUAUAUGGAUAAGAAAAACGGUGUGAUGGAUAUCCAAUUAUGGAACUAUAAAGCUAUUGGUUACGAUUUAAAACAAGAUAAGCAAAACAGAAUUAAAUAUAACGAAAGUUUAAUGACACACGCAAUGUUGAUUAACGCAUGUCACUUGGACGAAUCUGUUAGCAAAGAUAUUCCAGUCCGUUAUCGUGUAGAAAACUCCUGGGGUAAAGACUCAGGAAAGGACGGUUACUACGUCAUGACUCAACAAUACUUUGAAGAGUAUUGUUUCCAGAUCGUUGUUGACUUGGAGGACCUCCCACAGGAACUUGCCAAGGCCUUUGUUUCUCCAUCCGAACCGGCGAUUGUUUUACCACUAUGGGACCCAAUGGGUGCACUAGCAGACUGA